AGUUUAUUGAGUAUCAGAUUAUACAAUCAGCUUGAACCAUUCGCCAUGUUUUACAGAAUAUAAAAAGACAAUGAAAAACAGUGUGAAGAGCCAAUUAGCUUUUUACUUCCACGAGCUGUUAGCAAAAUCAAAAGUGGAAAAUUAUACACGAGCUGCAGUUGACCAAAACAAAAGAGGAAAUGUGUGUGAGAUCAGAGAUUGCAUUUAUAUCGCCAAAAAGAAGAGAUCGUCUCACAGGACACUCGGGAGUUGGGAGUUGGUACCUCGAGCGUCUUAGACGAGCCAGUUUUACAGCUCAAGGGCAGAGAUAAGAGUCAUCAGACUAGAGCCUAAUUUAGCUGGAAAUCUUAUAAAAAUUGUUGUGCAGCAAUAAACUACUUUGAUAACUACUAUGUGUACUGAUUAAAUACUAAUUUAUUAGAUAGAGGGAAUGGAAUUUUGGGAUUUGCUGGGGAAGGGGAGAGUAGGAACCCAUAAACCCAAAAAAGCAAACAACACAUCCUAAUUUUCAGAAGCGUGCCGUCUUGGGUGUUAUAGCAUGUGGAACAAAGCAGACAAGAUACUUCUUCCUCAAUUCACCUCUCCAUAUAUCCAUUUCUCUAUGUGAUUCCCUGUAACUCACCUACACCCAUCACACAUGUACACAGCCAUCAGAGGAGACAGGACCUACAAAGGUGAAAAUCUGGAUUCAUCUAUCCGGAACCGAAAUCAUCUUCUAAAUCCAUGUUUGGAAAAUGAGAAGUAUACCAAGAUGUGAUUAGCUCAAAAGAUGUUAUUUUACACAUCCAAACAUAGACAAGUACAACAAUUCCCCUGCUAGGCAAAUUGGUACCUAGAGAACACUAAUCCGAGUUCUGGCAAACUACUUGAGAAAUGACAUCUAUAAUCACUCAUAGUACUGCCAAGGCAUCAAACCAUGACAUUAACCGUCCAUCGGGUUCUCAUUGCCCCUCUCUAGAGGAGUAUGAUCAGAUCAUAGCCCCAGAAAAAGGACUGGUGUUUAUGAUUGUAGGUUGAGAUGGGAACACAGAAACAAAUUACUUGCACAUAAGAGUAACAUGGAAUUAUCAUAGGGAAGAUGAAUAUGAAAAAAUUUCCAUUUCCAUAUUAAGCUGUUCGAGGCUGAAAAGAAGCACGAGAUUUCAACUCCCCAACGCUCAAUCUAACUCAUUUUUAAACCUAAAAUUCUGGAUUGCAAGCCCCCUCGUGCGGGUUUGACUUUGACUAAAUUACAAGGGUUGUCCCUUUAGUUUAACACUACUAAACAAAACCACUUCCUCUAUCUCUCUCUAAAAAUCUUUAUAUUUCCAGUUUAUACCACCUCUUCCAAACUCUAGGAGCUCAAUCACACUUUUAAAGGGUAUUGAGAUUUUUGCUGACAUUUUUACAGCUUUUGAUUAAGUAUCCAAAGUCUCCCUUCACUACUUAUAUGAACUCGGUUUUAGUGUGAAGAAGAGUUUAAGAAUAUGAGUUCAGCUGUAAAGGAUUUGCAUGAGUUUCUGAUAAUGGAUACUACAAGCCCAAAAACCAGCGCUCUCGCAUUAAGUCCUUUCUCGUCUCCUAAUGUUGGAGCUUUACUAAAAAUCAAGAUAAUUGCAUGGAGUCAAGAAACUGGUUUACCUGUAUCAGUUCAUGUUCGAGUUGGUGAAAGAGUCUAUGAUCUUCACAAGCAUCCAUUACUUUCAAAGAGUGGCUACUUUAGGAGGGCAUUACUUGAAUCAACUGAUAUCGAACUACCACAUAAUUUUCCUGGAGGAUCAGAAGUCUUUGAAAUGGUCGCUUUAUUUAGCUACAGUUCUUCAACUCUGAUUGACCCUUUUAACGUUGCAGCUCUCCGGUCUGCGGCUGAGUUUCUUGAAAUGACAGAAGAAUAUGGCACGGGGAACCUCUGUGAACGUUCGGAUCUUUAUCUUAACCAAGUAGUCUUACAGAAUUGGGAUGAUACCUUAAUUGUCCUUCAAAAAUGCCAAACACUACUACCUUUGUCUGAAGAGCUUCUGAUCGUGAGCCGCUGUGUUGAGUCUCUUGCAUUCAUGGCUUGCAUGGAGAUACUUGAUCCUGAGCAUAGACGGGAAAGGCCAGUUAUUACUUUGGAAACCAUGGCUGGUCAAGCUUGGAGCUGCGAAACUGUUAAGGAGAUAGCUGCUCAGGAUCUAUGGAUCAAAGAUCUCAUUGCACUUCCUUUCAGAUUCUUUCAGAGGAUAAUCAUAUCCCUAAGACGACAAGGAAUGAAGGAUAAAUAUGUUAGUCCAAUAAUUGUUUUCUAUGCAAAUAAAUGGGUUCUCUCGAAGAAGACACAUCAGUUCUGGGAGAGUACUGAAAGAACAAGAGGGAAAGAUGCAAAUAACAAGGUUUCAGUAAUCUUACAAGGCAUACUAGACUUGAUUCCGGUAGGAGAUAAAGCAAGUAGAGUAAUUCCAGUCGGAUUUUACUUUGCUUUGUUAGCUAGGGCUCUAGAUCUCGGUCUAAAUGAGGAUAGUACGAAAAAGCUGCAAGAUCAGAUUGCACCUGUAUUGCAUUUGGCAGUAGUAGAUGAUUUUUUGCUUCCUUCCAGUGGGAUGGAGUCAAUGUCAUCUAGCGUGGAGUUGGCUACCAUGGAGAGUAUAAUUUCGACUUGUUCAUCGACUGCAAAUAUAGAACAGACACCUUCAGAAGUGAAUUGUAUUGUGGCAGAACUAUGGGAUAAGUAUGUUUCACAAAUAGCUGCAGAUCCAAAUAUGGGGACCAAAAGAUUCAUGGAUCUGAUUGAGGUGGUACCCAUAUCAUAUAGACAGAGUCAUGACCAUCUCUACAGAGCCAUGAACACUUUCCUUAUUGAACAUCGAAAUAUAUCUCAAGAAGAGAAGGCGCUAGUAUGCAAAUACCUCAAUUGCCAGAGACUAUCUCAAGAGACAUGCAUCGAAGCUGUUCAAAAUGAGUUGAUGCCGCUGCGUUUGAUCGUCCAAGCACUUUUUGUUCAGCAGCUGAAUACACACCAAGCUUUCAAAGAUUGCUCGGAUUCUUUCAGGUAUGAAAAGUACGCUGACUUCUCAGGAAGCCUCUGGAGCUCAAGAUAUGCAAACCCUACAAAUCACCUUCUUGGAGAAACACCAUUUAAAGAACCAAAUGGAGAAGAAGCGACAGUUAGGCCAUUGGCUUUCUUGAUGCAGAAAGAUCUUGUAGUGCAGCGAUCGGCUGAGUUAUCUAGGAGUGAUUAUGAAUCAACAAGCUUCAGGAUUCAGACCCUAGAACAGGAGCUAAUAUCACUGAAGAGAAGCCUUCAGUGGCAACCGAUCUCCACUGGCUCAGAACCUAUAUUUGGCAGACCAGAUAUCAUGAGGUCGUUUGGAUUGGAUGGAAGAUCAGCGAGUAAGAAGAGGAAUCCACUUGGACAAGUAACAAGUUGCAUCGGGUCAGUAAGUUUUGCUUCACAGAGGAAGUAUGCCAACAGGAUUCUCAAGGUCUUCCGCAGAAUAUCGUUGAUAGGUCGAGGCAAAUCAAGCAGAAAAAAUAGACCAGGUCCUUCUGUCCCCUGGCCCAGAUCAAUGUAGCAGAGCCGCAGCAGCCAAUAGGCAUGAAAUGUAUUAAAAUUUAUAAGCUCGCAAACAUGGAAGUAAUACUUGUCAUCUACAUUAUAUUGCAUACUGAAGAAUACCAUGCUAAGAAGCAUAUAUGCAGAUGAA